AUGGUUGAUAAUUUGGACAAAAUAGAGACAGAUAAUACAGAUAUUACUUCAGAUAAUUUAGAAUAUUAUCAUAAUAGUGACUAUGAAACUACAUAUAUUAAUUGGGAGCAAGAUAAUUUAUCUGAAAGUUCAAGCACUUUAUCUCAUUUAUUAGCAACUACUGAAACACUGCCUAGCACCUUAGAAAAUAAAGGAAAAGAAAAAGAGUCUACUGGCUCCAAAAGUAGAAGACAAUACAAAUGUAAAAUUCCAUCUUUUACAUAA